AUGUCCUCACCCCUUCAUCCCCAGGCCCGGGAGGGGCUCUCUGGUGCUGGCACCACCUUCCCGCUCAACCCCCUCUUAGCCUCCCUGCUCCUGCGACCAGAGACUUCAGGUCAAAAGCCCCUUCUCAUCACCAAGCCCUCUGCAUUGCUCAGCCCCACACUGACUCCUGGACGUUCCCUGUCCCCAGGAUGCCCAGAAGGCCACAUUCUCAUGACUUUCCUCCCCUUUCCCAUUGCCCCUUCAUUGUUUAUUUAUGUAUUUAUUUAUUUAUGUAUUUAUGACUUAUUUAUUGACGCCCUUACCUUAAUCUAG